AUGUGUAGGUUCACUGUGCGGGCCCCACCGGCCGGUGGCCCCGCUGCCCAGCCGCCCGACCUCAAGUUGGAGGCUCCGCUGGACCUGGACGUGCUGUUUGAGCAUGGAACCGAAGACCUGGACGCCAACGACCUGGCCCUGCUGGCCCUGUUCAGCGGCAACAACGCGCCCGCCCCAGCAGCCGAGAAGCCCUCGCCGGUCAGCAGCUGCGCGGCGGCCCCCACGGCCGACGCCAGCAACACGGUGGUCAUGGGGCAGGCCCUGUGCGUGCCGGCCGGCCCCCAGGGCGUCCUGCCGGUGGCGCCCCCGGCCGCGGUGCCCAUUGCGGCCCCCGCCAACCCCGCCAACCCCGUGCAGCAGCUGCAGUUCCAGGCCGUGAUGCAGCACCAGGCUGCCAUCAUGCAGAACCCGCAGGCCUACCCCGCAGCCGCGCAGAUGUACCAGCAGGCGAUGCUGCAGCAGCAGCAGCAGCAGCAGAUGCUGGCGGCGCAGCAGCAGGUGGCGGCCGCGGCCGCAGCCGCUGCGGGCUCGCUGCCCGUGCCGGCCCCCAUGCUGAUGGGCAAGCGCAGCGUGAGGUCCCAGGAGGAGGUGGAGGAGCAGACGGAGCGCAUCAAGAAGCGGCGGCGCGAGUCGGCGCAGCGCAGCCGCCAGCGCAAGAAUGCUUACAUGAAGAGCCUGGAAAUGGAGAACCGCGCUCUCAAGAUGGAGAAUGAGCGCCUCAGGGUGGAGCUGAGCAAGGGCGGCGGCGGCGGCGGCGGCAUGCCCGCCUCUGCCUUCCUGCCCAAGGCCAGCAGCGGUUCGGUGUCGCGCCACGAGAGCGCCGGCGCCGCGUGCAGCGGCCAGCAGGACGGCGGCAGCGACCACGUGAGCCUGAGCGACGACGAGGAGGGCGUGGGCCUGUGCGGCGACCUGGCCAUGGGCAUGCCGCCCCUGGACGCAUCGCCCGCCGAUAUUGCGCAUGACGCGCUGGCCCUCAUGCCCACCGCAGACCUCCUCAACUUUGCCUUCUGA